UCGCCCCAACCGCCCGCCGCCUGAGCGAAUUGCGAUCGUUUUCGAACCGUUUUCGAAUCGUUUUCGAGUACCAAGUUUUUUUUUGUUCUGUUUCCAACCGCUUUCCGAGCUACUGUGAACAUGUCGUUCCUGGGCAACACAUCCGACCUGGAGUGCGAAAAGAACGAGUUCCCGCGCCAGCGCUCCACGGGCAUCGUCACCAAGGUGGCGGCCCACAAGCUCUCCGCGGAGCCCAAGUGGGCCGACAAGCGGGAGGAUGACUCCGACUCGGAGGUCUCGUCGCCGGACAACUUUCUGACCAAAGGCGCCUUCCUACUGACCCCGUCCUACGAGUUGUCCAUGGAGCGGGCGGCCCUCAUCUGCGAGAAGAUGGCCUUCAAGGGAUGCUUCAGCUUGACGAAAACCGCUACAGGCAUUCUGUUUAAAUUCUCACACCCAGAUGACUAUCAGGCGGUGUUCAAGAAGGGCUUCCACAAGGUCACCGGGGCGCGAUUCUACCGCAAGGUGAGCCCACCCACCCACACCCACAUCUCCAGUGAUUGGAAGGGCAUUAUGGGGCACAAGAUAGCCAUCCCGUGCCGGCCGAGGAAAACCUUCACCCUGUACGUGCUCGACGUGCCCGAGGACCUGCCCGUGGAGGACAUCCGGCAUGCCAUGUACAAGUUCGACUCGGUGGUGGAGGUGGUGCGCCUGCACAUCUACUCGAGCCUCGCCAGCAACGCCGCCAACGCCUCCUCCGCCUCCGUCGCCGCCAGCUCCUCCUCCGCCGGCGGGGACAAGGGCGUCGAAGGUGAGCAGAUCCAGCUGCUGCACACGCCGACCCAGACUCUGCGCCGAGCGGCACUCCGAAGCACCUCGAAGAGCGUGGGCUCCGUGGUGGGCGAUGCCAUCGAGAAGGCUGAGCGCCCCGAGCGCAGGGAACUUCCUCCCGCCGUCAUCCGGGUCACCCUGGCCUCCAUGGACGAGUACAACAUCCUGUUGCAGAACGGACUCAACUUCUACGACGCCACGUUCUUCCCCACUGAGGCCAACAUCUCGCUGAAGGGCGCCAAGAUUGACUACAAGCGCAGAAUGCUCGACGGAUCGAUUCCCGGACGGGUGCGGGAGCUGCUGCCCGUGUUCGAUGCGGCUGGCUUCUGCAAGCUGCCGCCGCCCACCAGCAAGCUAAUUAAGCCGCCGAGGUCGUAGAUGCGAUACCACGAUACGACUCGAUGCCAUCUGACUCGAUACGACGACAACGCGAUCCGGCCAAUACGCGGGCCCCCUGACGACCCUCCCGGACUCGGCUCUACCCACUUAUCUACCCCACUUCGCUGUGUACCGUGCACACUGUGCUGUUUUCAACGGAUGCCAACGUUUCCGCUCGAUCCGCCGAUCCGAUCCGAUCCGACCCAUAAUAAUUCCUCUUUUGGCUACCAUCUAUGUUUUUGUUGCCUUUCUAUGUAUCUAUCUACCGUCUCCCGUGCGAACUCUUCAACCUUUUUUUUGCUAGUUUUAUUAUUAAAGGCCCAUAAAAGGCGUAGCGUUUAAUUUGUUCGAUUGUCUAACAAUGAAAAAGUAAGCAAACACACAGAAAGAAAUAAUAAAGAUGAAACAAGAAAGACA